UUUUGUUGUUGCAGAGCCGACGAAAAGCUUAGCAAUGCCGAUUAAAACGAAGCGAACAAGUGUGUAGACAGGACAACAAUUUUUAGUAUUGCAAGUAAGUCGAAAGGAAUAACAACCAACAAAACGGAUAAUGGCAACUAUCAAAAUAGACCAAAAAACAAAUAAAUGAAAAAAUUAAAUAAAUUUGAAAAGUUACCACAAAUGUCAUGAAAUAAUUUCUAAACGCACAAUGAAAUUCAGAGAAACAACCGAGUGCCAAGACCCUCGUUAAAUGCAAUUUAACAACCCCAGUGAAAUCAUUCGAAUUGGUGGAAAAAAAGGUGCAUUAAAUCUUCCCUUCGCCGAAAAAAAGUUUAGCACAAGCGACUUACAUUCUCGUGGAUAAUGACAAAGAUUUUGUCGUUGUUGUCGUCGUUCUGGUGAAUAUAUAAAAAAAACCCCAAACCAAAACACAAACAUAAACAAACAAGCAAACAAAAAAAAACUUCUACAUAAACACUCAAAGCAAGCUAAGCUAAGGCAAAAAGAAUAAAUGAAACAAACAGUCCCUAAUGUAUCUUUUAUUCGACUUGCAUAUUGCGUUGCGUUAUAUAAAUACAUGUGAACGAACAACGAACGAGGCCGAAAGGAGAAGGAGGCGUUCACGAGUGCAAUAUCACAUCAUCAUCCUCAGCCAGCGGGCCACAAAGAUCCAGUCAUUGGAGCAAGUCAAGUGCAGAGUAUCUGCCGAGGAGACCAGACAACAACCACCGCAAUGUAAAUUAAUAAAAAAAAGACAAUCUAAUGAAACUCGCAUCUGUCCAGGCGUAAGAACUGACAUUAUCUACAGCAAAACAGUCUUACAAAAAUAAAUAACCUUUAAAACCCCCAAAGCAAUUUCAACACAAAUAAGAGAAGCACAUUUACGAACUUUUAACCAGAAUCCAUUUGACUUGGAACUCUAGUGGACGACGAGGAGGAGUAGGACAAACAAAAAGUGGACAUCAAAGAGAAAAAUGAGGAAAUGCAAUAAAAGGCAAAAUAAAAUGAAACGAGAAAGCACAACAACACAAAAAUUACUAAUAAUAAAUCUUAAAGUAAGUUGGGAGAUUUAAAAAGCUGUAAACACUUGAGGAUACACCUGCGAUACGCUUGGAUUCGAAUUGGAACCAAGACCAAGUGAGCGAGAAAUAAAAUAUAAAAAUCAAUUUACAAGAAGUGUUGACAACUUUAAGGCGAACUCACACACACACGCACAUCAAAGAACACAUACACACAUAUUUAGAUAUAUGUACCCAAAGAAAGCAGCAGCAGAUCAAAGAAAACAUGUCGAAUUUACUUUUCAUGGAUGAAUCGAAUGGCAAUGGUGUGUAUGCAACGUCUGCGACAGCAAUUUUAAUCAACAAUACAAAUAUCAAUAAUAAUAACAACAACAGCAACAACAUUGGACGUGGUAACAGCAAUCACAACGGCAAUAGCAACAACAACUCGAACAAUACACCACCCACUUCGAAUAACAAGAGCAAUAAUUACAACAAUAAUAAUAACAACAAUAACAACAGUAGUAGUGGCAGUGGCAACAAUAUCCACAAUUUAAUGGCAGCAGCUUCAAAUGCAGCCGGCACGGCUGCAUGUGCCAAUGGAGUCAUUCCUCCCCAGCUGCCCACAUCACUAUCAAAUGAAGAUCUCAGUCAAAGUCUUUCCGAAUACACGGAUGCCGAUGAAAGCAUAUCAGCACCGACAGAAUUCUUAGCCGAGUUUCUGUCUUCAGUCAUGCUCAAGGAUUACAAAAAAGCUUUAAAAUAUUGCAAGCUAAUUUUGCAGUACGAGCCACACAAUUCGACAGCAAAGGAAUUCUAUCCAUUGAUAUUGGACAAAUUACGUGGUGCCACCUCUAGUGACAGUGACGAAAACUACAAUAAAUCAUCUUCCUCACCGGAAUUAAUACUGGAAGCACCAUCAUCAGAUCCUUCGGCGGGAGAAAGUGAUGAACAGGAAGCUUUGGCUGGUGAGGAAAAGCUACAUCGUCAGCAUAUACGGCGACCGCAUUUGCCAGACUUAGGUAUAGCUGAGGGCAUUUUAGAUCCCAAUUCAAAUGUGAGCAGCAACAGCAAUAGCAUUGAAGACGACGAUGAUGUGGACGAGGAGGAGGAAGAGGGUGCAGGUGGUGUUCUAAGCAGUGGCUCGGUAGGCGUUAGUCUAAGUGAUUCCGUAGAUGCUGAUGACGACGAGGAUGAUGGAGAAGAUGCUGACGACGACGAUGAUGAUGACCGUGACGAUGAUGACGAUGACAUCAUGAGCAGCAGUGGCGAUGAUUUGCCCGUUGAUGAACAUCAGGUCAUUGUGGGCGAUGUCCUGGACAUAGAUAACUCAGGUAAUGCAUGUGGCGGCGAAGGUGCUGAUGGUGUAGCUUUAAAUGGUUCAAAUUCAUCACGAAAUUCUUCGAGUGGUGGUAAAAUUAGUAGCCGCAGUGACAAUACGACACACUCGUAUUCGAGUUUAUUGCUGGAGGAAGAAGAUGAUAUAGUGCCUGCAAAUCUACACUUUCCCAAGGAUUUUAACACACCUGAUUUGGAUGUUAGCAAUGGUAAUAAAAUUCCCUCAACAUCCUGCAGUGAUUCGGAAUCACCAACAGAACCGCUGACACAAAGAUUAGCAGCCAUUUUACGCUCAAAGUGUGGUGUUUCAAAUACUAAUGGUUAGAAAUACUCCCAACACUCCCUGGAUGGCAUAUAUGUUAAAAAAAUAUUAAGUGUAAAUGAAAUAUAUAGUAUAUAUACAAAAUAUGUCUAUAAUCGAAAAUUAUAUAAACAAACACUCACACACAGUAACACAGCAUUCAACAAUAUUUUUGGCUAACCUAUUAUUAUUAUUAUUGAAAUACUUUUAUCAAUUUAAUUUUUCUCUUUCCUUCAGUAAUAAUAAAAUUUAAUGCAAACUAAAUUGUUAUCAUAUUCCAAUCAUUGUGGAGUAUAAUAAUAUAUAUAUUUUUUUGUUACAAUAACAACAUUUUGCACACACAUACACAUAACAAGAAAAUUAUAAAUGUUUAUGUGUAUUGAUAUUAAUCAACUUAUACUCAAUAUUAACUUUAUUAUAUACUAACUUACUUAAUAUCUCAAUUUUUGUGGACUUAUUUAAUUUAGAACAAUAUUUUACGGUACUUAUAUAUGAAAACACAUGUAUACUUAAUUCAACGUAUUUAUAGUCUAUCUAAUAUCGGAUGUACAGCUGGUCGUCAACAUAACGUGUAAUGUUCUCAUAGUUUUAGUUUUUGUGUGUCUUAGUGUUGUUAACAAAUACGUCAUGAAGAUGUAAAUUGGGCGUCAUAUUUUUUGAAAAUAUUUUGUUUUUUGAAACAUAUUCUAAGAACAAAAAUGAUAUUCCAGUUUUUUUUAGACUAGCAUGUUGACCAGUUAAAUUAUUAUUAUAUUUUUUUUAUUUAGAGAGCUUAUACACGGCCUAUAUAUGUAGAAGCCGAUUCAGAUAUUUGCUUUAAUAAUAUACACAUAUUUAUAUAAAUAUAUUUAGAUAUUAGGUUCUGCCUUGUCUACCUUAAUAUUUAUUUAGUUUAUUUAGCUAAUGACAAUGGAUAAAAAAGAAAUUUUUUAUAUUGUAUGGAUUUAAUACUUGGUAUAAUAAUUACAGCCCAGCUGAUUAGCCUCUAUAGUAACACUAAUGUCAAAUUUCGACAUGACGUUUUGUGUUUUACCUCCAUUUCUGGAUAUACAAUAGGUAUACACUUUCUUAUAUAAAAUUUCAUUGCAGUUCAAAUUUAAUUUUUUUUUUACCUAAUAAGAAAAAAAUGCUGUCAUACUUUGCAAAACACAUGGUGCGGAAACUUUUUUUCGCGGUGAAGGAACAGCGACACCACAUAUGUUGAUAUAGUCGUAUUUUUCAUGUUUCCCAAAAUUCCAAAAUAGUUUGGUUGCAAUUUGAAAGGGAAGUUGCUUUCUUCAUUCAUAACGAUUGUUUGAAGUGUUGAGAGAUUUGGACCUACAGCUAACAAUUAUACAUUCAGAGGAAUGAUAUUAAGGCAUUAAAAUUAAAUAUCUUAAGAACUAUUUUUCUGCAUUUUAAAUUUUAAAAAUCCGCAUUCCAAACAAAGAUAAAUUUUGUAAAAUUAAAAUAAUUUAUUGAGAAAUAUUUUUUAUUAACAUUUUUGGACAUAUAACUCUGAAACUUGUAUUACCUAAAAAAACAAAUUUUGUAUGCGUUUGUUAUUACGUUAGUUGUACAACAACACUUGUUGUUAUCUUUAUUAUUAUUCUACCAUGGAUCUAAUACAGCAUUUUGUUGUUCCUUCCAAAAU